UAUGCGUCUUUAAUGGUGGUGAUGUCACGGUGAGAGGGGGGGGCCUGGGGUGUCCAGGCCCGUCCCAGCCUCUGUUUGCAGUGGGAGGCGGUCUGCUAUUCAUAGUAGCCCCACGCAGACACACAAACUCACACACCUCAGCUCAGGGGGACUAUUAAAGUUCAGUUGAAGUGCUGCGGGCAGGAUCUUGACUCGCACACAAACACAGCGCUAACUCCACCGGCUUGUUCACCUGGGUUCUUCAGCGUCCGGUGUGCUUCCUCACUCACUUAAAUACGUUGCCAUGGAGAUUCCGGGUGUGCUAAGGCAGCUGUGGAGUCCGGAGCUGGAGGACCUGCGGCAGUACGUGCGCAGCGUGCCUACCAACGUGCUCAUGGGCAUGAGCGCCUUCGCCGCCCUCAGCACCUACUGGUACGCCACACGGCCCCGGGCCAUCCCCGCCCGCUGCGACCUCGCCAUGCAGUCCGUGGAAGUACCGGGUACCGAGGGCGCCCGGCGGCUGGCCCACAGCGACCAGCUGCUGACCCACUUCUACGACGACGCCCUGACCCUCUACGAGCUGUUCCUGCGAGGCCUGCGGGUGUCCAAUGACGGACCGUGUCUAGGGUCUAGGAAGCCCAACCAGCCUUAUGAAUGGCAGUCCUACAGCGAGGUGGUGAUUCGAGCAGAACACAUCGGCUCAGCGCUCUUACACAAAGGUCACACUCCAGACGGAGACAAACACAUUGGAAUAUUCUCCCAGAACAGGCCGGAGUGGACCAUCACUGAGAUGGCGUGCUACACGUACUCCCUGGUGGCCGUCCCGCUCUAUGACACCCUGGGCACGGACGCCAUCGACUACAUCAUCGACCAAGCCUCCAUCUCCACGGUGUUCUGCGACGUGCCCGACAAGGUGAGGCUGAUCCUGGGCUGCGUGGCGGAGAAGCAGCACUCGGUGAAGACCCUGGUGGUCAUGGAGCCUGUGGACAGUGAGCUGGUGGCCCAGGGGCUGACCUGCGGCAUCCAGAUCCUCAGUCUCGCACACAUAGAGGAUCUUGGAAAAGCCCACUAUGCCAAGCCUGCACCUCCAAAGCCAGACGAUCUGGCACUAGUCUGCUUCACCUCUGGGACCACAGGGAACCCUAAGGGUGCGAUGCUAACACAUGGGAAUGUCAUCUCAAACACUGCAGCCUUCCUUGAGCUAACAGAGGUACAUUGCAAGCUGACCGCCCAUGAUGUUCACAUGUCCUUCCUCCCGCUAGCACACAUGUUUGAGAGAGUGGUCGCGGGGGUCGUCCUCAUCAACGGGGGCCGCAUCGGCUUCUUCCAGGGGGACAUCCGUCUGCUGAUGGACGACAUGAAGAUGCUGAGACCAACGGUCUUCCCAGUCGUUCCGCGUCUUCUCAACCGCAUGUUUGAUAAGAUAUUUGGUAUGGCCGGGUCUCCGUUGAAACGAUGGCUGCUGGACUUUGCGUCCAGGAGGAAGAUGGCAGAGUUUAAAAGUGGUGUGGUGAGGAAGGACAGCAUUUGGGACAAAUUCAUCUUCAAGAAGAUCCAGAGCGGACUGGGCGGGCGGGUGCGGCUGAUGAUAACCGGGGCUGCUCCAGUCUCCCCAGCGGUCCUGACAUUCCUCCGCACGGCCAUCAGCUGCCAGUUUUAUGAAGGAUACGGCCAGACUGAGUGCACUGCCGGCUGCUCCAUGACGCUCCCCGGGGACUUCUCCGCAGGUCACGUCGGGCCUCCUCUGCCCUGCAACCUCGUCAAGCUGGUGGACGUCCCUGACAUGAACUACCUGGCGGCCAACGGGGAGGGCGAGGUGUGUGUUAAAGGACCAAACGUAUUCCGAGGGUACCUGAAUGACCCUGAGAGGACGGCAGAAGCUCUGGACGAGGACGGCUGGCUGCACAUGGGGGACAUCGGGAAAUGGCUGCCGAACGGGACCUUGAAGCUCAUCGACCGGAAGAAGAACCUGUUUAAGCUCGCCCAAGGAGAAUACAUCUCCCCCGAGAAGAUAGAGACCAUCUACAACAGCUGUGGGCCCGUGGCCCAGAUCUUUGUCCAUGGAGACAGCCUACAGGCUUUCCUGGUGGCCAUAGUGGUGCUGGAUCCUGAACUGUUACCGGGCUGGGCCCAGCAGCGAGGCAUCGAAGGCUCCUACAAAGAACUCUGCCAGAACAAGGAGAUUAAGAAAGCCAUCCUGGAGGACAUGGUGAUGCUGGGGAAGGAGGGAGGGCUGAAGUCCUUCGAACAGGUGAGAGAAAUCCUGCUGCACCCGGAGAUGUUCACGGUGCAGAACGGCUUGCUGACGCCGACGCUGAAGGCCAAGCGCUUUGAGCUCCUGCGUCAGUUCAGGGAGCAGAUCGACGCGCUCUACGCCAGCGUGACGAUGUAAAGGCUGCUCCCAUUUCAGAAGAGCAGAAGCAAAGAGAGACAAUCAUUUAGCACCUAUUGCCUGAACCAAAUAGAUGUCAAUGGAAGGACCCUCGCGUAAAUAUGGCUGUUCAUCAUUCUCCUAUUAACUGGAUCCUUCGGCAAAGAGGAUCCUAUUUUUAACAAGUUGCAGCAGAGCGGAUAAUAGGUCAACUAAAGUAGAAAGUCAGACAUUACGACCUUAAUACGACGCAUUAAUACUGUAGGACAUUAAUUAAGAUUGAAUAGUGCCACAUCUGUGCCUUAACUGAACCUUAAACGUCCUGUCCCGCUUCAGGACGGAAUAAGGAUCUUUGUCAACAACCAGGAAGUUGCAAUGAACCUUUUAAUUUUCAACAAAUGGUGGUGCGUCAUAUUUAAUAUUUUGAGUUGAUAUUUAAAGUUGUCAUAGUACUUGUAAAUAAUAUAUGUAGAAGAAAGCAAGUAUUUGUAAAGGGUGUGAUGACCGGCACUAUAGUUAUUCCCUGCAUUCUCUUGAGGUCACAGUGACUAAAAGGAAACGUCUAACUUGGCUGUUUACCAGCGCACGAGACCACUGCUUCAUAAACCAGUUGUGAAAACAACCUCCGUCCCUCAGCAGCGUGAAAUCCUGUUUCCACAAAAACUUCCCAGAAAAGGUUGGACCACGGACAUAAUUUGUUCCCAACAAGGGUAUGAAGCAGAGCUGGUAUGGUAGAAAGCAGCCGGGCGAGUCGGUGCCCUUUGAGGUCAGGCUACAGGGCGAUCACGAUCCGGUGGCAAACUAAACUGUUACAUGUAGCAUAAGUCUGAGCGUCUGAGGCCUGAUAAUGUCAUGCAUUCAUUUCAGCCUUAGGAUGUGGCCAAUUGUUUUGUUUUUUAAAUAUCAAUAUUUACUGAGAUCAAUAAAACCACUGUCACCAUGCUGUCAUUUCA